UCUCCGUGUUUUUUUAAAAAGUUAUAAAUUAAAAUGAAUAUAAUUGAAGUUUCUGCUCGAAAAUUUGAAAAGAACUCGAUUCCAUAUGAUCUGCUGAUCGAGUUAAUUUUGAUCUUAUUUCUGCAGGUAACUGGAACACGAGUCGUCAUGAAGAACAGCGGACCACUUGAGAAUGACAUAUCAGCAUUGAUAUUCUAUAUCACUGUUAUUCUACUUUUAAAUCGUUUACGUAUAGAGGGUCUGGGUAGCCGUUAUCUUCAAUAUCUGUGCUUCGUGUUCCGAGUUGUUGGUGUCGUUCUAAUCAGCGAGGUGGCAAUGACGAUAGGUUGGCCCACAAUGAACACAUUAUUGCGUCAAAUAUAUGAAACCAUUGAUUUUGGCUUAGACGUGUUGCGUUUAUUGGUUGUCCUAAGUUUAUUUACUGUAACAAUAAUUAUCACUGGUUGCGGAAACAUUCUAAAGGAACAACUCUCUCUAUAACCGAAAGAAGGAAAUUAAAUUUAUGAAAGACUGUGGAUCCUGCGUUCAAGAUUUAAACAAUAAAUUUCAGUUACUUAUGUGCAAAAUUAGUUUAUUUGAUCUUCUAAAUAUUA